UGAAUCACUCAAUUUCUAAUCUUCUUGCUUGUAGGUUGUGCUAAUCGGAUCGGCUUGCUACGGACAAACGCCAUUUUGUCCUUUGCCUGGAUUACAACAUUUAAUAAUUAGUGUAUUUUAUCAAUUUUUAAUGAUUGAAUUAACAUGAUUUUAAAAGACUGCAACUUGAUAUAAUUAAUAUAUCAAGAUAAAAUACAUUUUUACCAGGACAGUAGUCACUGUAGUGAUAAGACAAUUUAUUAUUUGUGAAAUAUUAUGAAUCUAAUAUCUAAGAUAGAUGUAUGUGCUUUCGCAAUAUGUACUCCACAAGUACAGGAUUUCAUAAUUCUUUAAGUAUACGCCGCCAUUUUCUAUCACAAAUGUAAGGCGUGGCGCGUGAUUACUACACGUCAUCGUUGUCCAUGUUGUAAAGAGCAGAAAUAAAAUAAUCAUGCCGCGGAUCUGUCCAAUGCAAUUGUUAAACUGUCUCAGCGUUCUCCUUUCACCAAAAGGCGGUAUUAAAAGCAGAGACGAAGUGCAAAGGCUUGCAAGUUUAAUGACCAAAUUUUCAAAGAAACUAGUGUCCAAAUGUAUAUACAUACAAAUUUUAAAGUGUACAGAAACUGAACUACUGGGGCUAUUUAUGGGUUCUGGUGGUUGGCGAUUGGUACACAUGUGGCUGACCGAAAGCAUCGUAGCCAAAAAUUGGCCUCUUGUCAGAGAACUUUUGGAGCUUUUGCUGCUUUGUCCUGUUGACAUUGAAAGACUGAAAACAAAUAAUUGCCCUAAGCUUGUGAAGGAAUUAUCCAAGGAUGGGAAUCACUAUGCUAUCAGAGCAUUGGCUUCGAAAUUGGUAGAACAGUGGUUGAAAACUGUUAAAGGUGAACAUGUCAUCCCUAUUUUACUAUCUGAUAUAACACACAUCAUAUCAGAUGCACGAACAGAAAAUGCACCUGAAGAAAAAAAUGCAAUUUUAACGGAAACGGAACAAAUUGAAUGUGAAAUUAACGGCGAUAAUGCAUUUAAAACCGAGGGUUCCUCGCCCGAGUUAUCAAGUCAAGAGGAUAAAGACAUAUCAAGAGUUGUUGACGUGUCCAAGGACACUGAAAAAGAAUCUGAAACACUUCCUGUUUUAAAAAUAACCUUAAAAAAUGGAAAACAAAUAAUUUCUCAAGUAGAUGAAGAUAGUGUUGCAUCGGACGAGGUGUCUGACAAAGACAAAAUAAGAGAAAAACAUAGAAGUAAAAGUAAAGAAAAGUCUAGUGAUAGAAGUAGUAGUAGUUCUAGAUCUUCUAAACACCCAAGUAAAUCGUCAAGUGAUAAAUAUAAAAGUAGCCAUAAAAGUAGUUCUAGUAAACAUAGCAGUAAGGAAAGAUUAAAAGAUAAAGAAAAGCAUUCAUCACACGGUUCAAAAUCGAAACACAACUCAAGUAGCGGAAGCAGUAGCAGCAGUAGAAAGACCAGUUCCUCUAGUAAGUCUAAAGAUGAUAAAACAAAACAUAGUUCAGAAAAGGAAAAGUCCAAGGAAAAAGACGAUAAAGGUAAAGAGUCGCCUAAUGCAUCCACAGAAAAAUCUGACGAUAAACCAUCUAUACAUAAAUUAGGAAAAAUACCCAAAUUAAGUGACGUGAAAAGAGAGAAACCAUCUAUUUCGAUUGAAGUGCGAAAACCUGAUGAGCCCAAACCCAAAACUGUCAAAACUUUCAAUUCAAAGUUUAGAAAACACGGGCUGGAGGAAGAAAUAAAGCCUCCGCCUUCGCGCGCAGCACUGCUUAAUAAGAAACCCCCUCCGGCAUUACCCUCUACAAUACCAAUACCCAAGAGGCCUUCGCCAGUUCACAAUGAGACUCCACCUGAAAAGAAGAUUAAAACCAUUGACAUUGUUGAGAAACCGGGGGCUAUAAAAUUAAUUCCACCCAAACCAAAGCGUGAGUAUAUUUUAAUUUAUUUAAUUUCUAACAUUUUAGUAACAUGUUCUAUUUUUACAGGAAAGGAAGGUCCGCAUUGGCCGAUGUCUUCAAGAAAAUUCGUAUAUUUAGGUUGUAACAGUGCUAUGAUGUUGCUCGAGAGUGAUAUGUUCAUGGAUGCACUUAAUGCCUCAGCAACAAACAAAAAAGAGCCCAAGAAAAGAAAACGGCGUACCAGCGGAUCCAAAGAUGGUAACGUGCCAAAUGAUUCAUCGCCACCUCAUACUCCGACGACUGUUGCAAGUCCUAAUAGUGAAAGCAAAUCAGUACCCCCGAGAUUUUAUCAAGAUACUCUAGACACUGAAGAAAGUAGUAAAGCAUCACCAGAGAAAAAUGGCGAUAAUAAUGAGGAUCCGAAUCUCGAUCAAGAAUUCGAACACAACAAAGAGGAAAAAAUGGAUGUUUCGGAACCCCAUACGCUCACAGUCAAUGGAUUGAAAGGUGUCCUUUGUUACCAUAAAAGAAAAGGUCCAAAGAAAAGCAUAAAAUGGAGACCGGAUUCAGAAUUAGAGGAAAUACAGUAUUUUGAACUAGAUGAAACAGAACGUGUAAAUGUUACGAAAACAUUUACAGACAUGAAACAUUUAGAAAGAAUUCACGAACGAGAAGCUUUUCAAAAAGGUCGCAAUCUCAGUAAUGACGAUGUAAUGGAAGAAAGAACAAGUUGGAAACCAUUAAUUCCCAUUGACUUAGAUGGUCAAAUACAAGUUGAAUAUGGUAAAAAUAGCAAAGAGAAAGAUAUCCAAGCUAUUCGGCAGAAAGGUACAUUGCAGCCUCUGUACUUCCACAAGUCAAUGAUUCCCGACUCACCGCAUGAACCAGAUGUAGAAACUCACACUUAUUCAGAACCAGCAGUUAUACCAUUAGAGGAUGUUACUGGUAAUCAAGACAACAUAAGUGAUUUUCGCAAUAUGCCAUGGCCCGAACCGAAAGGAAAUGCUCCGCCUUCAUCAAACACGAACAUAAAUGUACCUGCAAUGUUUCCACCAAGUAUGCCGCAAUUUCCUUCAAAUUUCCCUGGCACACAGUUCCCAGGCGUACCACCAGGGUUUCAAGCUCCUAUGGUUCCUACCGAUUGGCAAAAUGGAGUACCACCAAAUAUGAUGCCAAAUGGAAUUCCCGGACCGAUGACGCCUGCCGGUCUUCCCCCAGGCCCUAUACCCCCAGGCAAUAUCCCUCCUGGGAUGAUGAUGCCCCCAGAAAACAUGAUGAUGGGUCCGGAAAUGUUUGGUGCGCCUAAUCCCCUUUUCCCAGUGCCACCUGAAGGAUUCAAUAUGCAGCAAAAUAUGUUUCCCAUGGACUUUAAUAUGGCAGGACCACAGGCAGCUCCGGGACCAGAUGGUUUUAACGGCCCUGGUAAUUUCCGCGGCGCUAUGCGAGGUCGUGGCGGUGGAUGGAGGGGUAAAGGUGGAGGAAAUUGGGAAGGACCUCAGAGAGGUCGUGGUGGACAUGCGCGUGGUAAUAGAAAAGUUGUGUGUAUGUAUUUCCAGAGAAAGGGUUCGUGUAGGCAAGGCGACAACUGUACUUUCCUCCAUCCUGGUGUUAAUUGUCCUUUUUAAUUUCUAGAGCUUAUUUAAACAUGCAAUAACCAUGUGUACAAAAUUGUAGGUAGAUUAUUUUAAUAAGAUUUAUUUUAAAGACCAGGCCGGUCGAAAAAAGACUGCUAAUGUAUAUUUGUAAAUAAUUAAUGUAAAAAUGUAAAUAUUAACUUUUUACGA